CGCAGGCGCAACCGUGUCGCUCGCGGUGUCUCGAGUUGGCGUCCGCCGGGAAGGCGGGGCUGAGGCUCGCACAUGGCCCCUCUGCCAGGGGCAGAGCUGGUCCAGACGCCGUUGCAGCUGUACCGUUACUUGUUGCGUUGUUGCCGGCAGUUGCCAACCAAGGGCAUCCAGGAGCACUACAAGCAUGCUGUCAGGCAGAGUUUCCAAGCUCACUCAGAUGAAGACAACCCUGAGAGAAUCCAGCAGAUUAUUAAAAGAGCCAUUGAAGAUGCUGAGUGGAUCAUGAACAAAUAUAGGAAACAAAACUGAGUGUCUGGAGCUUACAGCGCGCGCUUAGCUGCCCUGGAGACACUUGGAACUGAGAAACCUCUCUGCUUUCGGAACAGCAUCAGUUCUGGAAUAUUCUUUGACCUUGUUGACUGAAAGCAAGAAACCAUAGCUGACAUUUGGUGAGGUGGUUCUCAUCAUUGCAGCCAUGUCUCCAGCGUCUUUUAUGUCUGCUUUUCCAGACAGAAAUGAUAUGCAAUUUGGGGAGAAUUUGGAGUUCUUUUGCUUCUUCUCUGUGUUUCUCAUUUUUGCCUAUCUGUUCUUUUACUUUGCCCUGAAGGCAGUUAAUUUAUUCUGGAGGUCCCGUCACCGAUCUCCGAGCCCUAUAAGAGAUGUCCCCUCAGAUGACUACCUGUAUAGAAAGAAACGAAUGGGCUUGAGAACCAGGCAGCUGUGGAUCUGAAUCCCAGCCAGCGUACACAGCGUCUGUCAGGGGCCUGCGUGAGCCUGGGUGGGGCGGCAGUCAUGUGCCUCACAUCAGCUCCCUGCAGAGGGACCCUGCAAGGAAGCCUCUGUGCUGCUCUUCCCCAGCUCCUCGUCCUGUUCAGUGACUCAGCUGUGAGUGUGUCUUGUCCCCUCUCAGAGUCCACAUGCCCUCUUAUCUGUGCCAUGCUAUGUCUGUCAGUCUGUUAAGUAGCGGCUCCUCCAGAUGCCUCCCCCCACUAUCCUCCAGGCAGAAGCCCUGGCCCUUGAGGUGGGGAAACAUCUACCACACUAGACCAGCAAUAGGUGCAAGUAGGCAGGGUAGACACCAGCAGGUCCAGGCUUCCGUGCUCCACGGCGUGUCCUCACAGGAGAGGAGAUCAGGUCCAGGGGGAAGUAGCCAGAAGAUACAGAGAAGCCACACUGGGGGUUGAAUGUUCGUGGGGCACUCAGGUGAGCUAGCACUUGCCUGUGUCCUUGCAGUUAUGCGGGAUGGUGUGACCGACCUCUGUCUAGGCAGAGGGGACGGACAGUCCUGAAGCACGUGCGUCCACUUGUGAAAGCUCACAGUUUUCAUCCUCCUCUUUUUAUUUAUUUCAGACAGGAUCUCAGUGUGUACACUGGCAGGCCUUGAACUUUUGAACUUUCAGGAGGCUUUCUGUCUCUGCCUCCCAAGCACUUAGAUACAGGUGUGCCACAACACCCAGCUGUUGCUGCUGCUGCUGCUGCUGCUGCCGCCACCGCUGCUGCCCCACUACUGCUACUGAUAAAUGCUCAAGUCAGGACAAUUUGCAGGAGGCAGCUCACUUCUUCAUCUACGUGGGUCCCAGAGAUUGAACUCAGGCCAUCAGGCUUGGUGGCAAAAGCCUUUAUCUGUUGAGUCAUCUGUUGGCUCUUAUGAUUUCUUCUUUAAAAAAAAAAGAAGAUUUUAAUUUUUAUUUGUGUAUACCACGUGUGUGCAGGUGCCCUCAGAGGCCUGAGGACAUUGGGCUCCCUGGCACUGAAGUUCCAGGCGGUGUGAGCUGUCUGAUGUAAGUGCUAGGAACCAAACCUGCAUCUUCUGCAAGCAGUUAGCGUCACGCUCAUGCUGAGCCAUCUCUCUAGCCCUCCAUUGUUUCUCCCUGACUGCUGUUCUCUGAAUAGGAUUGUUCCCUUGACAUAUGCAUCAAACAAUGCUAAGGACCUGGGUGAGUCAGACACCCACUUGCCUGGAAGAAUCAUUCCUCAGAGAUGAGGGGGCCACAGGUUUAGCCUCCCAGAUGACUGCCAGGCAAAAGGCAAGAGCAAAACUGCAGCCCCUCCAUCCCCACUGCUGCUGUCCAGCCCAUCUGAGCCCAGGGACCAAUCCUCACCUGUUGGUGGUCGUGGCAGUAGAGUAGCCGUGUGUGCCACCACGCCUGGCCUUAGGCAGAGUUGUUCAUUAGAAUGGGGCUGAGGAGAAAGGACUAACAUUGAUCUGAGGACCUGGGGCUGCCACUCACAGGGAGUGUGCGAGGGGAUGUGGGGUCCUGUUGUUAGGAGGGUGGUUUCAGAGAACACGAUACGAGUCAGUGGCCAGGUUAUCCCUAUGACUUAGGAUGUCGACCUGCAUCUGGUGGGGUUUCCCUAUUGAUAAAAUAAGGGCUGGGAGAAAGGCUUGUUUCAUUUAUUAAAAGCGAGGGAGAGGGCUGAAGAGCAGUUAAGAGCACCGACUGCUCUUCCAGAGGUCCAGAGUUCAAUU